AACAGUACGCUAGUUGCUAAAACGCCGGAGCAGACAGGCGCUAGCUAUGUUUAUUUGACUACUGUAGUUGAAAACCUUGCAAAAUGAGUUCUUCUGACGAAAGAUGUAAAGGUACAAAACGAUCAGCAUCUCCAGAUGAAACCGGAUCCACACAAUGGGAAGCAGCGGACUUGGGGACAGACGAAAGGAAGCAGAAGUUUUUGAGACUGAUGGGAGCAGGAAAGAAAGAGCACACUGGACGCCUUGUUAUUGGGGAUCACAAGUCAACGUCCCAUUUUCGAAGUGGGACAGAGGAUCAGAAGAUCACUGCUGAGCUGGAGCACCAGUACCGGCUGGGUCUUGAUGGAAAGCUUUCAGGAAGGAAUAGGAGACACUGUGGUCUGGGAUUUAGUGAGCCCGAUCCACCAGCUGAGUGUCAGAGCACUGCUGCCUCAGAGCAAUCAGAGAGUUCAGAUAAGACCCCUAAGCAACCAUUAGAACAACACAAGGAAGAGAAAACACUUUCAUCUGACACAGAGCUCAAGAAACAGGUGCAGGACACAGACUCAAAAGAGGACAAGAAAAAGACAUUGAAAAUGGCAUUUGUAAAAGCAACAUAAAUGGGAGGGAAACAUGUUUAUAACACUGAGAUUUUUUGCUGUUGUAAUCUUUUCAUCUUCUAAAGUGUUCCCUUUAGUAAGUAAUGAUGGCACAUUUUUUAUUUCCUCAAAAAUUGUUUUUCAAUUUUCAAUGUCAUUUUGUCUGUGCCUGCCAAGUUAUUUGGACUUGCUUGGCCUUAUCGAAUCACAGUGGGAACUGAUUUUCUCCCUAUUGAAUGGUUCACCCGCAAAUGAAAGUUCUGUACUCACCCUCUUCCUCUUGUUGUUUGAAACCCAGAUGAUUUCUAAUGAAAUGAGGGUAAGGGGAAAAAUAGUGUAUGGGUUUCGAAAGACAUGAGGGUGAGUAGAUGAUAACAGAAUUUUCAUUUUUGAGGAACUGUUCCUUUAAGCAGGAUUGUUUAUGAAUUAUCAGGUCUAUUAGUCAAGAAGAAUGAAAUGGAGGAAAUAUACAGAUAAAAAUGUCAAUUGUGUGUAUUUAAAGGAGUUUGAAAAAAACUUGAUGUCAAUAAAGAGUUAAACAAG